UCAUUCACUCGUGUUCUUGCCCUCAGAGAGAACAAAUGUCAAUUCGAGCUUACGGUACGAAAUAAUGGAAAUAACUUUCACUAACGCGUUCAAGGUUUCAUUUACAUCCUGAUUGACAGUUUGACAAUUCGCGGUGCGGCGCGCGCGGCUGCUCUUGACGUUCAAUGGACAUUAAUCUAAUUUAUUUAUUUAUUUUUGCAAUUUUUUAGAAUCUUUAACAAUAUUAAUUGAUAUGUGGUCUACCGGUGAGAGGACUACAUUUAUUUUACGUUAAACGCAGACAUAAAAGAAACAAUUACGUGAUAUUUGCAAUCAGAUAUCAUCCUAAAAGCGAAGAAAUGGAUCUUAUGGGGAUCUACCUGCUUCACAUCACCUUUGCCGCUUUGCAGGUAUUGCUGUCUGCAGGGAGAGACUGUCUUAUAGCUGGUGACACAUGUUCCAGUGAUGAGAUCUGCAGCCCGCGCCUCAGGACACUGCGUCAGUGUGUGGCGGGUAACGGCAGCAUGAAACUUGGCCCCGGAGCCCGCAGUCAGUGUGCAAACGCAAUCUCAGCCCUGCUGUCUAGCCCUCUGCACGGCUGCCAGUGCAGACGAGGCAUGAAAAGAGAAAAGAACUGUCUCAGCAUAUACUGGAGUCUACAUCAGUCUGGCAUACAUGGGCUUAACCUGGUUGAGAACUAUCCAUAUGAAACAGUGGGGAAAGGCUAUGACUAUGUCCGUCUGGCUUCUAUCACUGCAGAUUCUGAGGUUGGUAUGACAACAGCGAACCAUUGCCUGGAUGCAGCCAAAGCUUGCAACAUCGACGACAUGUGCCAGAAACUGCGCACAGAUUACGUGUCAACAUGCAUCAAGCCGUUUACCAAGUCGGGUCUGUGCAAUCGCUCAAGGUGCAACAAGGCCUUGCGACGGUUCUUCGACCGAGUUCCCCCAGAAUACACCCACAAGCUGCUCUUCUGCCCUUGCAGCGACAUGGCCUGCUCGGAGAGACGCCGGCAGACCAUCGUGCCCAGCUGCUCUUAUGAGGAAGAAGAAAAACCCAGCUGCCUCUCCCAGAUGAAAAUCUGCAGGGCUGACUAUGUUUGCAGGUCCCGUUUGGCCCAGUUUCAGUACGACUGCCAGCCAGACGAGCAAUCUGCCACCGGAUGCAAGCAGGGAAACUAUGCAGCAUGUCUUAUUGCCUACACUGGACUGAUAGGCAAUCCAAUCACCCCAAACUAUGUGGAUAACUCUACAUCCAGCGUGGCUCCCUGGUGCUCGUGUUCUUCCAGUGGCAAUCCGAGAGAUCAGUGCACAGAGUUCCUGGACUAUUUCACAGACAACGUUUGUCUCAGGAAUGCGUUCCAGACAUUUGGGAAUGGAAUGGACUUCAUACCCACUCCCACCCAACUGGCACGGCUAAAUUCUGUGACGGACAGAGGGGUAUUGCGAAGGACUCCUGUAUUUGUUACCAUGGAUACUAAACAGAAUGUUCUCAGCCCAGCCAAACCCACACAGGAGUUAAAGGUGAGAAUUUGGUCUGACUCCACUGCGUCCUUUGACACACACCAGAACUCCGCUCAUGUAUUUGCUGCAGUGUUGCUGCCUGUCUGCAUUUGUGUGUUUCUUAACUUCUUCCUCAGCUACGGUUAGUAAGUGGACUGAAUGAAGUUUGUGACAUUUAUUCUUACUGGCCCAUGAUUUUGGACCAACUGGAACAUUUCUUCAACUGCAGAGCUUGAGAAACCGGCCAUAAUGGCCUAAUUUCUCUGACAUUGAAUUCAUCAUGUUAUCUCUGUUUCUGUGGAUCUGCCUGUGAAACCUAUGGAGUACAAUUUGCAAGGCACUUUUGUAGAAUUGAAUGUGUCUAUAAAAACACAAAGGCCAGUGGAAAGCGUACCUGUACAUAUGUACAUAUCGUCACAAAGUGUCAAAACUCAUGAAGAGUUUCAGUGUAAAAUCACAUUUUUUCGGGCUGGGUUGGGAGGGGAGGAAUUCAAAAGACUGAAUCCUCUGAGUUUCUUAAGUACAAAUUACCUGCUAGCACUCCGCAAUGCAUUUCUGAUGAAAUGUGGAGAGAAGACAGGGGAAGCUUUUUCUUUCUUUCAUUCUUUUAUAUUUUCUCAUGCAUUUGUUCAACCAUUUAGUCAUCCCCUUGCGCAAAACAGGGAUUUAAUAUCACUCUGUUCAGCUUGACUGAGGAGACGACACAGGCUAUUUCUGAUCAAUAAUGGAAUAUGUCUUUUGGUGAAAGUAAAGAAUAUAUUUCCAAAGCAACACUCCAAAUGCAGAAUGUGUUUCUGGGACAUAAGCUAUCCCUGUUUCACUUGACCAAACUUCAGAUACUAAUUCAAGACUCUGACUACUAUUUUGACUACAUCACAGCACUUGUAUACCAGAACAGUUGGUCUCAUUCACUAACCAUGCGAACGCAUGUAUUUGUGUGUAAAACCUACAGUAUGUGUGAAUAAUUUCAACAACAUUAGAAUGAGAGUAAGAACAAAUUUAUGUGCAUACAACACACCUGUUGUGACCUGUUUGUCGGAAAUGUUGUGUGUUUCCUGCACACAUAAGUAAGAACACGCAAUUAUAAGUGAAUGCAAUCCAGUGUUUUUAUGUAUAAUAUGGUAUCUCUAUGAGGGAAUAAAUGCAAAUAUAGGUAUGAAUAUUAAUCGAGUUUCAUAGGAAUGGGGUAAGAUGGACAUUUGGAUAUGCAGAGGUCCUGCACCAACCCCCUGGAAAACAAGCCCUUGAUAUUUCUAAAGGAAUGCUGUGAAUCUCAUUAUGGAACAUACUUUAGUUCAUCAUAUGCCACUAAUAAAAAUGCUGGUUCAUUUAAAGCCUGUUGUGGUUCCAUUGUGACUCAGAAAAGAAAAUGUGAACUUACUGGCAUACAAAUUUGGAAAAGUUUGUCCGGUGAAAUUCCACAGGGUGUGUCUUUGUCAUAAACAUGCUUGGGGCCAAAUGUGUGGUGAAACGUUUUGUGGAGGCGGGGGUGUGAUGGAGUGCCGACCAAAUGCAACAACAGGCCCUCCUGGAGCUGCGGUCGGAACAGGAACAACGGUUCCAGGCCUGAUGCAAGCCCAGGUGGAGGGCUGACAGGUGAUCUGGAGCUUGCUGCCACAGGGGGUACUCCAGCAGCAACCCCGACCACGCUUGCUGUGCCUCCGAUCACGCUGGUGAAAAUGGGAUCACAGGACGACCACAAAGCCUUCAUUUUCGAGCAUGCCGUGGGGAGACCCACACGCAAUGGGCAGUCCAUCUGUUGCCGCUGUUGUCGGGGGAGGCUCAGCUUGCAAAAAAAUCAGCUACCUAUCAAGAUUCUGCUGGAGUACUCGGACCUGAAAUGAGCCAUCCUGCAGCGGGUUGGCCAUAAUCCAGAGCAACACCAUCAGCGCUUCCGGGCGCUGACAUUCGGUGAGUUCGGCUGCCCACGUGCCUUCACCCAACAGCUCCGCAGCACAGAUGGAAUCAUCAACCUGACGGUGCUGGAGCAGUUUGUCGACCGUCUGCCGAAGAGAAUGGCGGCGUGGGUCCAGUGCUAGCAUCCGGUGUUACUGGAAGAGAACCAAUUGACGGUGCAUCCAGGAGACAGCAAAUCCUUUUCUCUCUCUCCCUCUUCCCCAUCCCCAUCCCAAACACAUACUGUUCCUGUCCCUACCCCCGGCAAUGGGGGGUUUCUAUUGCUCCAAACCCCUUUGUUUCAGUUAACCCACCCCAUCAGGUUGGUAAAUCCGGGGCCCCAGGUGUGGAGGUAAGGUCUGGGCCAGUGUGCUGGCACUGCAUGGAACCGGGACACAUCCAGGAUCAAUGCCUGGUGAUGGAUUUGGGGCCAUGGGUCCGGGUUCCCGACACAUCAUAAAC